AAAACAUGUUUAGAACAGUUAGCGAACUGUGUAACGAGCCAAGUAAAAAAACAAAUUCAAGCAUGAAUAAUAGGUUGUUUCCCUUUGUCUUUUUUAACCUGUUAAGUUAUAGGCUGUACAAUACGAUAUGGUCCUGCACGAGUGUUUGUUUUGUGUUAUCAGUGGAGCUUGCCAAAUGAUGAGUGAUAAAGUCAGUUAGAAGUGGCUGCAGCAUUUCCUGACUUGGAUUUCAUGUACCGUGUUCCUCAUACAACAAUCUCUCACUUCUAAAGGCGUGUGUGUUUCAGUCAAGGAGGUGCGGCCAACAGAGUCGGGAGGGAAAAAGUAUAGGAGUUCCACCCUCAUUUAAAACCGAGGUUUUUUGGUAGAGAACGGCAUAAGAACGGACACCGAAAAUUGGAUUCUAUGAGUAACUGCCCUCCUCUGGAUAUUCGAAGGAGAUUAUUUGGGAUUUCUGACAUCGGUUUUGUCUUUGGUGUUUGGUGGCAUGCGACAGCCAAUCGAGUCCGAAAGUCCGAUGUACUGGAAAACUGAACAAAUGCUGGUGUGUAGCAAAGCGGAGAGUAAUGAAAAUAGAUUAAAUUCUAUGUCCAAUGAUAAGUUCUUCGUCAUGUCUGAAGAUAUCGAAGCGGCAGCCACGGGGGCUUUUGGCAGAUGCAGAAAAGACAUAGGAGAAAAUGAACUGAGCACUGCAGAGGAGGUUUUUGUAGAAGAUUCGUGUUCCCUGUCUUCCUCCCUGUCACCCUCCUCUUCACCGCAGGGUAUGGCUUCAGUCUCUCUCGUUGGAAAAACACUUUGUACCAGUUGUGGUCUGGAAAUAGUUGACAAAUACCUGCUCAAGGUAAACGACUUGAGCUGGCACGUGAGGUGUCUCUCGUGUAGCGUGUGUCGAACUCCGCUCGGAAGGCAUGCCAGCUGUUAUAUCAAAGAAAAAGAAGUGUUUUGCAAACUGGACUAUUUCAGAUACGGGACCCGAUGCGCCCGCUGUGGCAGGAACAUCCACUCGACGGACUGGGUCCGACGGGCGAAGGGAAAUGUCUACCACUUGGCCUGCUUCGCCUGCUUCUCCUGCAAGCGGCAGCUGUCCACAGGGGAGGAGUUUGCCCUGGUGGAGGAGAAGGUCCUGUGCAGGGUCCACUACGACUGUAUGCUGGACAACCUCAAGCGCGCCGUGGAAAAUGGAAACGGUGUAAACGUAGAAGGAGCUAUGCCGACAGAACAGGAAGUGAACCAACCUAAACCAGCCAAGAGGGCUCGCACUAGCUUCACGGCCGAUCAGCUGCAGGUCAUGCAGGCUCAGUUCGCUCAGGACAAUAACCCCGAUGCGCAGACGCUGCAGAAGCUGGCGGAGAGGACCGGGCUGAGCCGCAGGGUCAUACAGGUGUGGUUCCAGAACUGCAGGGCCCGCCACAAGAAGCACGUGAGCCCCAGCCACGGGUCGUCGGGCACGGCCGUGUCCUCUCUACAGCCGCCCCAGCUCUCCCCGCCCCUGAUGGAGGAGAUGCAGUACGCCACCUACGGGCCGCAGGACGGAACCAUCCUGACCGCCCUGCACUCUUACAUGGACGUGCACUCGCCCUCGUCCCUGGUGUUCCAGCCCUUACUGCCGCACUCGAUGGCUCAGCUGCCAAUCAGCCACGCCUGAGCGCCUGCGCAUGCCCUGCGCAGCCCUGCGCAGCCGCUGUGGCAGUAUUCAGGUCAGAGCCACCAGGGGACCCUCCCUCUCCCCCUCAGCUGCGCGUGCGCAUCACGCAAAAACGGCCAGACUCCCACCACUGCCUAGGAGGACCCACCCGAGAUAAUCAGCCUUUCAGUGAUUAUUCAAGUUCAGUGUUCAAAGUUUAAAAAAAGAAAGAAAGAAGAAAAAAAAAAAGUCAUUGUAAAUCUUUUUUUUUUUUGGUUAAUAUAUAAUCUAUAUAUUGGUGAAUCGAUUUCAUGGCAUUUAAUUUAUUUCAUGUUACGUGACAGAGCACUUUGUUUUAAAAUAAAUUAAUACUUUGCGGAAAUGGCUGCUUUUGUGGU